AUUGGAAACUAUUAUUAUGGCCAGGGCCAUCCCAUGAAACCUCAUCGGAUCCGUAUGACCCACAACUUGUUGCUAAACUAUGGCUUGUACAGAAAAAUGGAAAUUUAUCGACCUCAUAAAGCUACAGCUGAAGAAAUGACCAAGUACCACAGUGAUGAAUACAUUAAAUUUCUUCGAUCAAUAAGACCAGACAAUAUGUCUGAAUAUAGCAAGCAGAUGCAGAGAUCUGGGGCGGUCAAAUUAAAUAGACAACAGACUGACAUGGCUGUUAAUUGGGCUGGAGGACUUCAUCAUGCAAAGAAGUCAGAGGCAUCUGGUUUCUGUUACGUCAAUGAUAUUGUGCUUGCUAUCCUUGAAUUACUGAAAUACCACCAAAGAGUGUUAUACAUUGAUAUUGAUAUCCAUCAUGGUGAUGGUGUUGAAGAAGCAUUUUAUACAACAGAUCGUGUUAUGACAGUGUCAUUCCAUAAGUAUGGUGAAUAUUUUCCUGGCACAGGGGACUUAAGGGACAUUGGUGCUGGCAAAGGCAAGUACUAUGCUGUCAAUUUUCCAAUGAGGGAUGGCAUAGAUGAUGAAUCAUAUGGGCAGAUAUUCAAACCAAUUAUAUCCAAGGUGAUGGAGAUGUACCAGCCCAGUGCCGUGGUAUUGCAGUGUGGAGCAGAUUCCUUGUCUGGUGAUAGGUUGGGAUGUUUUAAUCUUACUGUUAAAGGUCACGCUAAAUGUGUGGAAGUUGUAAAGACCUUUAACUUGCCAUUGCUGAUGCUAGGAGGAGGUGGCUACACUAUUCGUAAUGUUGCUCGAUGUUGGACGUAUGAAACUGCAGUUGCCUUAGAUUGUGAAAUUCCCAAUGAGUUGCCAUACAAUGACUACUUUGAGUAUUUUGGACCAGACUUCAAGCUGCAUAUUAGUCCAUCAAAUAUGACUAACCAGAAUACACCAGAAUAUAUGGAGAAGAUCAAACAGCGUUUAUUUGAGAACUUGCGUAUGCUACCUCAUGCACCUGGGGUACAGAUGCAGGCCAUUCCUGAGGAUGCCGUUCAUGAAGAUAGUGGAGAUGAGGAUGGAGAAGACCCAGACAAACGCAUUUCUAUUCGAGCUUCUGAUAAGCGGAUAGCCUGUGAUGAAGAAUUUUCUGAUUCUGAAGAUGAAGGGGAAGGUGGACGACGAAAUGUUGCAGAUCAUAAGAAAGGAGCAAAGAAAGCCAGAAUAGAAGAAGACAAGAAAGAGACAGAAGAUAAAAAAGCAGAUGUGAAAGAGGAGGAUAAAUCGAAGGACAGCAGUGGUGAAAAGACAGACACCAAAGGAGCAAAAUCGGAACAGCUCAUCAAUCCUUGAAUUAAAGAUAGCCUCACACCAAUUACAGAACAUAAUGCUAGAAUGCGAAAAUACUAAAAGAAGAAAAGUUUUCAUAUUGAGAGAGACUGCUGAUUUCAUUUUGUACUAUUUGGCAUGGACCGUAUUUAUUUUCAAACGGCUUUGUUUUGGUUUCUGGCAAGUUGUAUUGUGAGUUUUCUAAUUAUGAAGCAGAAAUUCCUUUCUUCACCAUGCUUUAUGUAAUAGUAUUUAAAAUGGAUGUGAGUUAUUAUGUUAAAUGUCUAAACUGAUCUAUUAAAGUAAUUUGCCUUUCCUGAGCUGAUUUUACCUUUUUUGUAAUUUUAUCUUUAUUAAAAAAAUUGUACUUUGU